AUGAAAGAAGAAGAAGAGAGAUUAAGUAAAGAAGCAGAAAAACUUCAAAAAGAACUUGAAGCAGAAGAAAAAGAAGAAAAAAAAGACAUGUUAAAUAUUGAUUUAUUAUGUGAUGGUUUACCCGAAAACCCAAAUGUGGUUAGAAGAAUUAAGGCUAGAGGAAAGACUCAUGCUGGAAAAGGAGGUAUUUAUGGUAAUUUAAAGAAAGAAGAUAUGAAAACUGAGUACAUUGAACCAGAAACAAAACCAACACAACCAGAAGUGGGUAAAGGAUUUAAUAUUAUCACUAAUGGAGGGAGUAAACUACCAACAAAAAUGAAUCCAUUAAUGGCUGAAGUACAAGCACGGAAAGCAGCAAAAGUUGGAAGGGCAUCUUUUUCAGUAAAGCCAUCAAUAAUUACAAAACCAGAACCUAAGAAAAUAAGUCCUUCUACAUCACCAGGACUUGCAGAUGAUGCCUUUCUUGCACAACAAACAUUUUCUAAUGAGGUCGAUGGAAUGAAUACAUCAAUGAAUUAUGAAAAGAUGGUAAGAGUUAGUGGUAAGUUUUUUUUGAAGUGGAGAAUCAUUGAGUUAAAACCAGAAUACUUAAAUAGUGGAGAUGUUUUUAUUAUUGAUAAGAUAGAUAAAAUUUAUGUUUGGAUUGGAAAAGACUCUUCUCGACUGAAGAGAACAAAAGUUUGUGAUGCAGCAAAUACAAUUAAACAUGAUGAAAGACAAGGCAGAUGUGAAAUUAUUCAAGUUAAUCAAGGCAAAGAAGAUGAAGAAUUUUGGAAGGCCCUUGGAGGAAAGAAUGACAAUAUUGCUAAAGCAGAACCAAACCAAGAUGACAUUGAAGAUAAAGAUUAUAGAGAUGAGUUAUAUCUUCUUGGAGAGAAAAAAGGUACUUGGGAUGAGGCAGAAAUUGUUAAUUGUAGUAAAGGAAAAAUAGCCCAUAACAUGUUAUUACCAUGGAAUGUUUAUGUUUAUGAUGGUGGAAAUGAUGUGUAUCUAUGGAUUGGUACUAGAGCAUCUUCUACAUUAAGAAAGAGUGCUAAAGUUGUUGCACAGCAAAUUUUUGAUAAGAAACAACGAUCCCCAAUUGCUCAAUUAAUUCGUAUUACACAACAAACUGAGCCUGUAAUUUUUAAAGAGAAAUUUGCUGUAACACAAGGAAGUGUUGAAACAGUACAUAAUCCUGAUUGUAGUUAUACCGAGGAUGAAUUAAAUCAAUCAAGAGAUAGAGCUGCAACUGUUAGUGUAUCUAGACCAACAAAGCCUUUAAUUAAACCAGUGUUUAAUCGGAAUGCACCAGUAGAAGAAGAGAAAAUGACAUUUGAUAUUAGAGAAUUAUUAGGUAUUCCUGAUGAUUCUAUUGUUCUUCAACCAUCAAAAGACUUUAUUAUUCAAGGAGGAACAAUUAAAGUAUAUAUUAUUUGUGAUAUACAAAAAGAGGCUAUUCCGGAAAGCAUGUAUGGUGAAUUUUAUAGUGAGAAUGAUUACAUUAUUGAUUAUAAAGAUCCUAAAGAAGAAGUUAAAUUCUUCUAUUGGCAAGGUAAACACACUUCAAUAAAAAGUAAAGGAAAAACAUCUAUGUUAGUUAGUGAUUUAAGUAAAAAAAAAGGUGCUAGCACUAUUCGUGUACCUCAAGGAGAAGAACCACAUGCAUUUAUGCAAUUGUUUGAAGAUAAAUAUCUUAUUCAUAUUGGAAACUAUUUUGAACGUGAGAAACAUCAAGCCACAGAGAGAAUAUAUCAAGUGAGUAAUACUAUGUUUGAAAAUACUUGUGAAUAUACGGUUCAACGUGAAUUUAAUAAAGAGUUUAUUAACUCAUCUUGUUCAUAUAUUUAUGUUAAUACGGAUGGAGUAAAAAUUUGGAAAGGAAAAUAUGCAAAUGAAAAUAAUAGAAAAGUUGCUGAAGAAGCUGCUAAAAGAAUUGAUCAACGACCUGCUACAAUUUUAGAUGAAAAAGAUGGUAAAGUUUUGUUUAAUGAGGUCAAGCAUUUUGAUAAUAAUUAUUCAGUUGUUAUGCCAAAAUCAUAUCAUUUAAUCUCAGAGAAGAUGAGUAUAAAAGUAAAACAAAAUACAUUCUUUACUUGUCAAAGAUUUAAAGAGCCAACGUUAUUAACUUGUGAAAAAGGGAUUUAUUUAUUGUUGACACAAUUGAAGAAAGAUUGUAUUAUGCCAUAUCUUAACACUGUUCAUGAAUAUUUAGAAAAGUUAAAUGGAAAGUAUUGUGGAAUAGAUGUUCCUGAAGUUUAUGUUAUUCAUUCUUUAAAACAUAUCCCAAAGGAGGUAGUUACUAUAAUACAUGGUUUUGAAAAAAGUUCAUUAAAAGAAAUGGAUAUUGAAAAUGACCCUCAAAAUAUUAUCUCAUUUAAAGAUCUUUGGAAUAUAAUUAAUAAAAAAUAUACUUAUGAAGAAUUACUUCAACGACCAAUUUAUUUAGAUAAAACUAAAUUGGAAACUUAUUUAAGUGACGAAGAAUUUGUUAAAGUCUUCAAACGCUCUCGUUCAGAAUACAAUAAAAUGAAAAAGUUUGAAAAGGAACAAUUGAAAAAACAACAUAAAUUGUUCUAA